AUGUUGGAUUUAUCCAAAAGAGAAUUUACAAAGUUACCUGGAGAAAUAGAUGUAAUUAUUCUACUUAUGAUAAUUAAAGAAUUUUAUAACAGAACCAGAAUAUUUUAAGACAUUAACUGCUUGUAAUUGUAAAACACAGCAACUUUUGAGUUUUAUGCAUUUCAAGAAACUUUAAGCUCUAGAUUUAUCGAAUAAUGAAUUAGGGAACUUUAUAAAAGCAAACACAUUAUCAGGAUUAUUUCUGUUAAAAGUAUUAAUAUUGAAAAAAAAUGGUAUUACUAAAAUAAAUGAUCAAUUUUUUGCAACAGCAAAGAAUAUUGAAGUAUAUUUAUUUUUUGAUGUGUUUUUAUUUAGAUGUUAGAUCUUUCAGAAAAUAAAAUAUCUAAGUGUGGAAAAUCCUUUCUAGACCUACCAAAGCUUAUUACGUAAAUUUAAACUACUAAAUUAGACUUAAUUUAAAUAAAAAUCAGAUUGAUGAUUUAAAUGCUUUUAAAAUUUUUAAGACUAAUCCUCUUUUAGAAUUACAAUAUCUUGGAAUACGAUAAAAUAAUAUAGAAUCGUAAUAUUUAUAUUAAUAGUUAAUUUUAGUAAUUAUAGAUCAAAAUUUGAAACAACCUUAACAAUAUUCUUUCCAAAUUUAUUGUUUGUUUUAACUAUAUUUUCUUAAUAAAAAGAAUUGAAUGCUUUUCAUGAACUUCUUUAUAUUGACCAUUACUUAGAUUCGACUGAGGUUCCAUAAUUUCAAAAUUAAAUUGAAUGCUCUUUUCAUAAUGAUUCUUUAAUAGCUAAUUGUAUUGUUAGUCAAAAUCAUACAUCUGCUAAAAAAAGCAAAAGAUCAAUAAAUUCAUGUGAUUCAAGGUUUGGCUCAUUUAAAAAAAGAGAUCCAGAAACAAUCAAAAGAUAAAUAGAAUUUCGAAAAAAAGAAUUAGAUAAAUUAGAUUCAUCUAUAGAAUAACUUAAUUUUAAAAGAGAUGAAAUCAAAAAUUUAACUUAAAAUUACUAAUACUUCUUACAAGAUUGUAAAUAUUGAUAUAAAUAUUCUUAGCACUUUUAUUAACAGAUAAUACUCUUUUAUUGACAGUAUUAAAAAGGUUAGGAGAAUAUUGUAAUUCAAUUGAUAGUUUAAAUUAAUAAAAAGGAAGAAAUUUGGUUGUUGAACUUUUAAACUCAAUGAAAUGCAAAGAUUCCCUUGAUAUUGAUUAAACUUUAAUGAAAAUGGAAGCCAUUAUGAAAAAGAUGUAAGAAUUAAUGAAUUGA